UAAAUCAAAAACGUAAAAUUAUUACAAAUAUUUCUUAAUCAAUUUUAAAAAAUAAAUUUUUCUGUUAGUUUCUUAAUAAAAAUCAAUACUUUCGAAUGAAAUUUGGCAACACAGAUUUGCAAAAUUGGAAGUUGAAGGUUAACAAGCAAAAACAGUUUUUUUUAAAUACCUAACUUAUUAAACUUUUUAACCAGUGACUAAUUAAUCAAAAUGUACCCAAAAGAAAACGAUCCAUACAGAGAUACUCCUAUAAGGUACUUAGGUUAUGCCAAUGAAGUUGGAGAAGCCUUUCGUGGUUUUAUUGGAAGUAGAUUAGUUCAUUACAGUUAUGCAGUCGCUAGUUUGUACAUGUUAGCUGAUACGGUGGAUAAGUUGACAAAAACUUACGAGCAAACGCACAAAGUGCAUAAGACUUUAUUUACUGCUACCGACGUAUUUUUCUGGCAGUUUUUGGCUUCUAUAUCUAUUCCUGGUUAUACUAUAAACAGGAUAUGCAAAGGGACAAAUUAUUUAUUGACACGUACAAAAAUUAGUGUGGCAAUGAGAAACACAUUGACAACUUCUGUUGCUUUAUUAUGUAUUCCUAUAAUAAUAAAACCAAUCGAUAGAUUUGUUGAUACGGUUCUAGAUAAUACUCUAAGAAAAAUUGCACCUUAAUUGAGUAGGGUUUGCAUACAUUAAUUGCUAAAUGAAAUUGCCAAACAUUCUCAGGCUCUUUAUAGCAAAAUUUAGACUAAUAUUUGCAAUUUUUACUAGU